CGCAAACUUGGAAUGACUCCACUCAACAAACAAAGGGAAUUUGGUAGGGCUGAGGGUAAAGAACAAAUCUAUCAAAGCAACGAAGCAUGGAUAAGACAAGCACAGUCGGGCGAAGUGAACUCAAUUUGUCAUCCAAAAAGGGUUAACCCUUUACAGACUCGAGAGGAGUUCGAAAAUAAAAUGGAGGAGGAAGAAUAGAGUUUGAGAGCGGCAAUAACAGUUGCUAAUUCUGCGUACUGAGCUGCAGGAAUGGAAAAUGGAAUUGGGGGAGAGGACAUAGAAACCAAAUCCUGUAUGUCAAUACUUCAUCAAAUAUAUAAAGCAAGAUGUCGGGUGUGGCACAAAAGAUUCCCAGGACAAUCCUGUCAGGAGAGGCCUGGAACAGAUACACAAAGUCCUUCCUGCUCGAUCCCAUUCAACACGUCAUUGAUGAAUACAUUGAAUACAGUGGGUGACAAUGCUCCUCUUUCAAGAGGGAUGGGCUCAGCGAUCUCUCAGCGCCUUGGGAUAUCCCCCCGACGUGAAAGCUUCCGGCUUUUGCUAACGUUAAAUUCACUCCAUUUGCUUUGUGAAGUGGUUUAAGGUAGGCAGGAUGGAAAAGAUGCCAGGAAGAUAAGGGCAUUGCCAAUGCACCUGGUAGUUGAAACAUUCCAGCUCCACUCUGCAAGGCACAGAAGCGGAUUCAGCAACGAGAAAGAGCCUUUCCAGAAAAUCAUAGGAAGCAAAGGAAAGUUUCUUCAAAAACUUGCCAAAAUAACUGACUAACCAUGCAACAAUAGACUUUUAAUUGGGGGAAAAAAACAAAGAAAUAGCUUUUUGACUUUUGUAAGUUAAUGAUUUUCGGGAUCUCUGCACUGUGGUUAAAAUGCGGUUUAACGGUCUGAAGUCCAAAGGUUCCGGAUUUUGCUGCCUCUGACUGUAUUUAAGUGAACCCUUUAGCCAUUCUGCUCAUACGGGCAGAAGAACUGUGAUCGAGGAAGAACUCGCAAAAUGUCUUCAGCCAAAGAUGGGGUAAACAGAGUCGACAUUGAUCUUAAAGAGAAACAGGUUUUUGAAAACUCAGCUUUUAACAGGGACGAAGAGCAGCAGGAAAGAGAAAGAACAAGUAACACAGCGAGUGAGUCUGAUGAUGAGACUGCAAAGCCUAAUGAGAGGCUUGAUUCUCAAGUGGCAAUGGACUGGGACCAGGACAAACCAGUAGAUUCUGAUGAUGGGCCCUAUGCUGGAAUGCCCAAAGAAGUCCUACUACGCUAUUCAAGCCAGUUGUGUUACAGGCUGCCCAGAGAGAUUCUUUUCUGGUUCAUGUUGAUAGCUACUGUUGCUCUGGUGGCUUGUACCAUCGCCAUCAUUGCCCUCUCUCCCAAGUGUCUAGACUGGUGGCAAGCCAGCCCCAUUUACCAGAUAUACCCACGGUCAUUCAAAGACUCGAAUGGGGAUGGCAUAGGAGAUCUCAAUGGCAUCAGAGAAAAACUGGACCACUUUGUGGAUUUGAAUAUCAAAGCAAUUUGGAUAAAUUCGGUCUACAAGUCUCCGAUGAAAGAUUUUGGUUUCGAUGUGGAAGAUUAUGAAGCUAUUGAUCCAGUAUUUGGAACCAUGGAAGACUUUGAUGAUCUGAUAGAAGUCAUGCACGACAGAGGUUUGAAGCUGAUAAUGGACUUAAUUCCGAAUCACACCAGCGAUAAACACCGCUGGUUCCAGCUCAGCCGGAACCGGACAGAAAAAUAUGUAGAUUACUACAUCUGGAGAGACUGUGAGCACAAGAACAACAGGACCACCUACCCAAACAACUGGGUUAGCGUGUUUGGACAUUCUGCUUGGGAGUACGAUCCUGUACGGAGUCAGUGUUACUUGCACCAGUUCCUAAAAGAACAGCCCGAUUUGGAUUUCCGAAAUCCUGAUGUGCAGGAAGAAAUGAAGAACAUUAUACGCUUCUGGUUGAAGAAAGGGGUUGAUGGAAUCAGGGUGAAUGCAGUUAAAUUUCUUCUGGAAGCUGAAAGUCUAAGAAAUGAGGUUCCAGUGGAUCCAAACCAGGACCCAAAUAAUGUCACGUAUCAUGAAGAACUCUACCACGACUACACAACCACACAGGUUGGCAUGCAUGACCUUGUCCGUAGCUGGCGCUAUGUUAUGAAUGAGUUCAGUAGAGAGCCCGGCAGAUACAGGUUUAUGGUGACUGAAUCCUACGAUAAUGAAGAGAUUUUGAAGACCAUGAUGUACUAUGGAACAGAGAUAGAGGAGGAAACCGACUUCCCAUUUAACUUCUACCUUAUUGAUCUUUAUAAAGAGAUAUCAGGAAAUGGAGUGUUUAAAAUCGUGGAUUCUUGGAUGAGCAAAAUGCCUACAGGAAAAUGGCCAAACUGGAUGGUUGGAAACCACGACAAUCUACGCAUCUCAUCUCGCCUUGGUACAGCUUACACACAAGUUAUUCACAUGCUACUGCUGACUCUUCCUGGAACUCCUAUCAUUUAUUAUGGGGAAGAAAUAGGAAUGGAAAAUAUUGCUGUAUCAAACGACAAGAUUGAAGAUCCUUUGGGGAAAGUUGAUCCUACAAAAAACCGCGAUCUGUCACGUUCACCGAUGCAGUGGGACAACAGCACCAAUGCUGGCUUUAGCACAGCAAACACAACGUGGCUUCCUGUCCACUCAAACUACACCACAGUCAAUGUCGAAGCACAAAAGCAGGCGAGUAAUUCGACUUACAGGCUGUAUCGUGAGCUCAGUUUGCUUCGCCAGAUGGAGUUGCCCAUUCACAGAGGAUGGAUGUGUUACGUGUGGAAUGACACAGACGUGUUUGCGUAUGUGAGAGAGCUGGAUGGUUUGAACAGAGUCUUCUUGAUUGUGCUAAACUUCGGCAAGACUUCAACAGUCAACCUGGCAAGCCAAGUCCCAGAUCUUCCACCAGAAGCCAACGUGAGACUGAGCACCAAUUUCGAAAGAAAUGGCGAUAAGGUGCAAACGUCACAGAUAACGACCGACAGUGAAGAAGGACUUGUAUUGGAAUACACAACAAGUAACCCAGUCCAUAAUAGGGAAGAGUUCAAGGAUAGGUGCUAUAUUUCACAGAAAGCAUGCUACUUCAGUGCAUUAGAUAUACUUUACAAGAAUUGUUGAUGUUUUUUAUAAAACAAAUCAGUUUAUAAGCAUUCUUCUGUUUCGCCAAUCAACAUCUAUGCAGUCUCCAAAGAACAAUAAAUUACUCGAGUUAAUUAUAUGAUAUA